AUGAGGUGCAAGAAGCACCUCUCCGACCUCACCAGCACCCUCGGCGUCUGCGCCUCCUGUCUCCGGGAGCGCCUCGCCGCCAUCAUCGAGGCCCAAACCCAGGCCCAGGCCCAGCUCUCGAGACUCCACUCCCGGACACCCGCCGCUCCGCUCGAUGAACCCAACCGCAAGUCCGAUGCCAACCCUCGGCCGCUUAUUUUCCCCCACUCCGUCUCCCCUUACGUCUCUCGAAGAAAAUCGGACGACUCAACGUGGCACCAGCACCGGAUUCGAUUCUACAGUACGCCUCAGGUGGGCCCCACAUAUGCCACCGCCACCUCCACCUCCACCUCCACCUCCACCAUUGAAGGUUCGUGUAAGAGGAGCAAGACCCGGUUCUCGCUCCUAUCGAGUCUUUUUCGAUCCAGAUCCGUCAAGUUCUGGUCGGGUCCUAGUGAUUCGUCGGUUCCGGCCAUUUCUUCGUCGUCGGCGUCGUCGCCCUCGUGGUUCUCUUCGAUCUUCGCCAGAAAAACGCGGUAUCGGUCGAAGCAUCUCUACGUCAACGAGUCAUCCGGUUGCCAGAGGCCUCGGGGAUUGUCGCCGGACGUAACGCCCAAUCCCUUCGAAGACUGCGAUCGAUCGCGGCCGGGAAGCGGUGACUCGUCGGCAACGACGCCGGAGUGGAAGAAGACGCCGGCGUUGGCUCCGCCGUCGACGCGGAGGGCACGUGCCGGGCAGGGAAAGAACAACAUGUCGGGCCUUGCGUUUUGCCUUAGCCCGCUGGUUCGAGCCAGCCCGAACCGGCACUGGAACCAGAAGGGAUUGCCGCCUGAGAUAGCCGGCGAGAUUCGUGUCGCGGCUUCGUUCUGCAAGAGCCGGUCUAGGAAGCUGGCGGAUUUCGGUAGAGCAAAUCCGAACCGUUGA